AAGCAGACAAGGUGAGGUGAGGUUUCACAAGAAAAUCCCUACUCCAGUGCCUACGUGACAAGUCACUCUGUCGACUCAGAAGUUGCCAACUUCUCUAAUUUUAUCACAACUUUGGAGCAGCCGUCAAUGCUCCGUCGUUCCCCAAACAUUACCAUCUAAACUCCUUAGAUAUGUCUUCAGUUUCUAACCUUGCUGUUGUUAUCUGCCAUGGAAGCUAUCACACUCCAGCUCCAUAUCAUCCUUUGAUCGAAAAAUUGGAAGCUGAAGGAAUAGACGCCUACUGCCCUCAGCUUCCAACUGCCGACCUCACUAAGCUCAAUGUUGGCGAUGUUGAUCAUCCUGAUUUCGACCGAGAUCCUCCAGGAGGGGGCUACCCUCAAGGCGAAGCCGACACAGAUGUCAUCCUCGGCGUUCUGCGUCCCUUAGUAAAUGACAAAGGGAAGGACGUCCUCAUGAUUGGACACUCAUCCGGUGGCUGGGUUGCUACAGAAGCAGCCAAGCAUGAACUACAAUUGAAGUCUCGAAAGGAGAAAGGCCUUUCCGGGGGUGUUAUUGGCAUUCUAUACCUCGGUGCAUUUAUCGUUCCUAUUGGAGAGUCUAUCCAUAGCUUCUUCCAGCCAAAGGAUGGCUCCUCCAUAACGCCACCAUUCAUGACAUUUCAUAAAAAUGGUGCGGCUGGACUCGGUACCAUUGUCGAGGCAGAGAAAUUUAUAUUCAAUGGUCUUGAAGAAUCCGAUGCGAAGAAGUGGGCGGCUGGACUAACUGCAUCUCCUGUCUUGACUACAAAACUUUCCAACAACGCCUACGAGGCCUUGCCUUGCGCCUGUCUUGUAUUAGAAGGAGAUUUGACGCUACCUAAAGAUUACCAGGAAGGGAUGAUUGCAUUGCAAACCCAGAAGACCGGCAGGUUUGAGAGAUACUAUUGUCCGGCCGGACACUCGCCUCAUCUAAGCUGGACUGGCGGCGUUGUCGACAUUAUUAAAGACUUCACUCAUAAAAUCUGGGGUUCCUUGGCUUAGUUCAUAUGGAAGCAUGGCGAGAUAUGGAAACACC